UCCAUCCAUCCGCUCACCCAUCCCAUGCACUCCUCGAUCCAUCACGUCACGCGAGGUCUCUGUAAGGGUGUCUCUGUGUGCUGCCGCUGCCCUUCCCACCACUCAAGGCACAGUUGAAGACCGCCCCGAAGCGCGUGGGCCAGAAGUCGUGCAGCAGCGCACACAACGCACCGUAGUGAAUGCAGGUGGCCACGAAGAUGUCGAGGUGCCUGCAGGCACCAACUCCCUAUGAACGAAUGGGUGGUCUGCCUGCCUGGUUGCUUACUUGCCCGACGUCGGCUUCUCGGUCAGCACCUGAGGGAACGAACAAUGACACACCAAGUGGCGUACGGUGCGCUUGUGUGCAAUAUAUUGCCAAUGUGCCAUGCACCUCUGCCUGCCUCAUGUCUGUCUCUCUGUGUCUCUCUCUGUGUCUCGGGGGUAUGGCUUACCAGCAGUGGCAGUGCGGCGAGCCAUGACGAGUAGAUGGCACACAAUCUGAUGUAGAACUUCCUCUUGGCCAGAUCCCUCUCGCGCCGGAACGACAUCGUGCCCCACUGACACAAAGCACCUGCCGACACAUCAUGAGGCACAAUAAUACCAACACACAAACGCGUUAACAGGCAAACUUAUGGACAGCAAGGCUCCCAUACGUAUGGGCCUGUGUACCUGCAGCGAAAGCUCGGCAAAGCAGGAUUGGUGUGGCGAUGUGGGUGCGGAGCUGUGAGAAGGGCGUGAGGUCCGUCAUCUGUGUGCCCUCCUGCAGGGCGUACAGGAGGCUGGUCGCACACAUGAGGCCGACGAGCGCCAAGAGGGGCGACUGCUCCUCCUGCUUCAGAGACGACACGGACGGCACCGACACGGUCACACCUGUCGGCCACACCACACAGAUGCACGGCACGGCGCGGGCAGUGGAUGGGAUGGGUGAGAGAGAGAGACACGGGCAGUGAGUGAAGGGAUGAUGGAUUCAGUAAGUACCUCUUGAGAGGAGGAGAACGAGGAUGGCUAUGAGGAGCUCAGACAGGACGCCCGAGAGCUGAGAGAGGAACGAGGAGACGCCCAGACCAGACCCGUCCUGCACACGCCAGACAACCUCAGUCAUGCGAGUGGAGUGAGUGUGGUUUGGCGGCCACUUUCUGACUGACUGACUAACCGAGGAGUAGAUCGAGUAGGUGUGUGAGGUGGAAUACGAUGUGGGCGAGGAAGAGAAUCGACGACAGAAAGAAACUCGACGUCACUGCACACACACACACACACACAUACACACACAUGUAAUCGCCACACGAGUCAUGAGAUUUCCCCUGUCUGUCUGCCUGCGGUUGGCACAUACCUACCCUCAGUGUGUCUCUCCUGUCUUUCCAGCGCCCUGUAAGCCCGCAGGAAUGCCGGCGCCGUGCACACACACACGAUUGCAAACAAGAUGUACAGCUCGAGGAUGCCUGCGGUCCACCCAUACAUCACAACACACCCGCAACGCGACACACCGCAGGAAUUAAGGGGUCACCGCACACACACCGCAUAGAGAGAAACGUAUGUACCUUGGUCUUCUUGCGAGAAGUGUCGGACCAGCAUUCCGCCAGGGUUUGCGAAUUUGACCAUAUAUCCCACAUCGGUCUUGCCGCCACAACGAACAACCUGCGCACCAAACAGCCGCUCUCUUUCUCUCUCUCCCUCUCGGCGUGGCGUGCAGCUUACUCACGAGGGCAUCGAGGCAUCGUCUGUUCAUGGACCGGUCGAUGGUGAGUGUCAGUUGGUAUGCGGUGACGUCACGGCUCUCAAUCAGCGGCUCCACAUACCUCGCCCUCUUGACCAACAUCUGCAGUCCACAGAUCGACACAGCAGCCACAUGCACAAAAGGGCCUUCUCUUCUCCCCCCGUUUGUUUGGCUGCUCACCUGACAGGUGGCGUACUGCAGGCCCGGGUCACUUGCAUUGACACUCAUCAGCAGCAGCGUGUGACCCGGCGAAUGCACAACCUGCACACACACACACACACACACACACACACAGACACCUGCGUAGAGUCCGUAUGUGUUCCAUCCAUCCAUCCAUCUGGCCACUUAUGUACGCAUGUAUGUACAUUCUGGGCGGUCAUGACGCCCGUCUGCCCAUCGGCGCCGAUAGUAAAGCAGAAGUUGCCAAUGGUGUACACCUCCUUGCCCGAGGCUAGUCCAAGAAGCGUUUUGCUCUGGCAUGGUGCAGCGAUGGCGAAGGCGGCCAACACAUGGAAACGCCAUUGCAUCAU